AUGUUUCUUCCCUUUCUUCUUCAUCUUUGUUAUUAUCUUUAUAUUUCUUUGCAUUAUCUCUUCCUUCUUACUGUUGUUUUCUUCCGACAUCUUUAUUUAGUGGCUUUUUCUUUCUUUCUACGUCUUUCCUGUCUUUCAUGCCUUUUUCAUUUUCCUCAGUGUUCAUUCUUUUCUUUCUUCCAUUUUUUCUUCUUUUGUCAUUUCCAUCUUCUUUGUUUUCCGUCUUUUCCUUUCUUCACUGUUUUCUUCUUUUUUUUCUUUUCAUCCUUUCCGCUCUACUAUCUCUUUUUUUCUGUGUCAACUUCUCUAUGCUUUCGUCAUUUUUCUUUCUUCCUUAAUUUCUCUUCUUUCUUUUUCUACUUUUCUUUCUUUCUUCGUUUAUUCUUUCUUCGAUAUCUUUUCUUUUUUUAUCAUUGUAUCCUUUUCACGCUUCAGUCACCUUUUUUUUUAUUUCUCUGGUUUCUCUUUUCUUCUUUAUUUCGUCUUCCUUCUUUUCAUCUUCCUUCUUUUCCUUUUCAUUUCACUUCUUUUUUUUUUGUUUGCUUUCUUGGUUUUUGUUUUCUUUCAUCGUCUUUUCUUUUUUCUCCUUCUCUAUCCUUUUCUCUAAUUUCUCAUUCUUUAAGAUUUUUGUUUGUUGUGUCACCUGUUAUCCUCGCUUCUUUCCAUUUGCUUUUGUUUUCCAUACAUUUUCCUCUUUCCUUUCUUUCCUACCGAUUUACAUUUUGUUUGUUCUUAUUUUUUUUUACUUAUUUAUUUACCAUUUUACCUUUUAUUUAUUUGUUCACCAUUUUAUCACAUUUCAUUCUGUUUACACGAUUGCCAUUUCUUUCUUUGUUAUUGCUUUCUUUCUUUUUCUUACUUUCUUUAUUCUUUCUUUUUCCUUUGAUUUUUCUUUCCUUCUUUCUUUCUUCUUUCUUUAUUGCCUUUUACUUUACUUCUUUCUUUCUUUCGCUAUCUUUCUUUCUCUUUCUUACAUUUUUCUUACUUCUUUCUUUCUUUCUUUCUUUCGCUAUCUUUCUUUCACUUUCUUACUUUUUUCUUACGUUUUCUUUCUUUCUUUUGCUUUCUUUCUUUCUUUCUUCUAUUAAUUCUCUCUGUACUACACACUAUAUAUUUUUUCUUUUGUACGAUUCUUUUUCUUUUCUCUUUUCACUCUUUUAUCUUUCUUUCUUUUUCUUCAUCUCAAUACAUCUUAAUUUUCCUAUCUUUCUUUUCCAUUUACUUUCUUUCUUUCUUUCUUCCUUCCUUUCUUUCUUCCUUUCUUUCUUUCUUAUGUUAUUUUUAUUAGUUUCCUCCUUCCUACUACACUUUAUUUAUUGCAAAGUGUCAUUCUUUCUUGCUUUCUUCCUUUUACUCUUUUAUCUUUCUUUCUUUUUACAUCUUUGCAAUACUUCUUAA